GACCUUUAGCGCGUGUGACACAUUAUGACAAGUCUAAGACAGCUGAUAGUUUCACACUGAAGUUAUGAAGUUGGUGAUGUAACAGAAAUAAUGGCUCAAGCUUCCGUUAAACCUCGCUCUACUGGUUUAGAUAUUAUUCUUAUUGGUAAAUCUGGAAACGGCAAGAGUUCGACCGGUAAUUCUAUUUUAAGACGGGGAAAUAUUUUUAAACCCAGUUAUAGUACGUCAUCUGGGACGAAAAUACCACAAUUUGAAUGGAGUAAAUUUGAUGACAGAAUUUUACAAGUCGUUGACUCGCCUGGUGUUUUAGAUUCGAGCGAGGAUGAAGCAGGGGGAAUAACUCUGGUACAUAAAGCUUUACAAAAUGCUGUGUUGGCUAACCCCAGAGGCUAUCAUGCGUUUCUAAUUGUUAUUAAAUUCGCCACACGUUUUACCGAAGACGAACAAAAAACUGUAAAAAUUCUGAAAGGAAUCUUAGGCGAAACUUUUCUUAAGAACUACGGUAUUGUUCUGAUGACAAAUGGGGAUACGUUUGAAUUUAACUGUCGAAAGGAUAAGAACUUUAAUCUUGAGACAUUCUGUGCUGUACAGACAGGUCCUUUCAAAAAUAUAUUGGAAGAAUGCAAUAACAGAAUUGUUGUUUUUAAUAACAUAACUCAAGACGAGGAAGUGAAGCAUAAGCAGCUGAAACAACUUAUUGACACGAUUGACCAGCUAAAAAACCAUCGUCGUAGAUAUACUAAUGAACAUUUUAACAAGGCGGAUAAGUUUUACCAACACUUCGUUGCAACUGCUUCGAUACCGAUUGUAACCAAAGAAUUUUUACAAGAGCAGAGUCUGAUCAUACACGCCAUUACUUCUUGUGAAACUUUACAGGACGGGCAAGAAAAAAUAAAUUCUCUAAGUUGUCUUUUGCCAAGACUUGAAGCCUUGAGAGACGGUCUCCAAGAAAAAGAUAGAGGAACUGGCGCUCUGAGAGAUUUUAUCACAAACGCGGAAGAUACCAGAAGAAUGAUAGAGACUCGAAUCAAGUUGUACACUGACAUUAUGAACAAACUAAACGCGAUAAAAAAGAAAAGUGACAAACUAGAACAAGAGGAAAUUGAAUUUAACAAGAAAAAUAAAAAAUCUUCAGUGGCAGAGAAUAAGAUUAAGGAAAUCUUAGAGCAAAAGCUACGGCUCAAAGAAGAGAUUGAAGGAAAUCAAAAGCAUAAUGUUGAAAUGUUGAAUAACUCAAAUCGCCAAUUAAACGAAAUUGAUGAAAAAAGAAAAGGUUUACACCAAGAAACAAAUGAAUUUUUUUUUGAAAAAGUUGACUUUGUUGUAUCAACGUAUGGCAAUUUUAUAAUCGACACAGCAAUGAGUGUGGCUGAAAUCUUAACAAACGUUCUAACAAAUAAUAUGCUGGGUGACAAUUAA